GCGCGCGCCGAUCCCGGAGGGCGCCCAGGGGGCGGCGGCGCCAACAGACCGGCUCCAGGGCGCCGCUGCCACUUCUGCGGCCGCCGAGGGUUGGGGCGGGGAAAGUGGAGCAGGCCCGCCCGGCCGGAGGCUACAGGACAGCUGUGAGCCGAGCCCGCGGCGGGACGGGUCGGAGGGACGGCGGCGACGCCCAAGGUCAUGCCUUGGCCAAAGCUGCCCCUCAGGAGAAUGGCUUGGAGCCAAAGUCACGCCAGCAGGCUGCUUGCCAAGGGCGGAGCAGCAGCGACUUGCCACUUUUCCUACUGAGCCCAGCCUGGGUGUCCACCUGGCACUCCGCACGACCACGUCUCUUCCUCCUGGAGCAGCCUGACCCAGAGGCCUGGGCUUCAGAAAGAGCUCCGGGAGAGUUCAGUCCUGGUGGGCUGCCUCCCCGAACCCAGGUGUGCAAAGGGACACGGGCCUUCCUUACGAUUCUGCAAAGACUUGAAGAAAUUGACAAACUGGGAUGGCUACCCCUGACAGGAGAGUGGUCUCUAGACCCCAGAGAUCUGGCCAGGGUCCAAAGGAGAGUGGGGCCUGCAUGGGUCCCCAGGACAAUUUGGAAUGCAAGGAGACCCAGGAGCUGUCCAUGCUGAGCAAGGCACAGGAAUUCUUUCAGACCUGUGACACCGAAGGCAAGGGCUUCAUCGCCAGGAAGGACAUGCAGAGGCUCCAUGAGGAAUUGCCUCUCAGCCUGGAGGAAUUGGAGGAUGUAUUCGAUGCCCUGGAUGCUGACGGCAAUGGCUUCCUGACACCAGAGGAGUUCACCACUGGAUUCAGUCACUUCUUCUUCAGCCAGAACAAGCCAGGUCAAGAAGAUGCAGGGGAACAGGUGGCCCAGCUGCAGGAAGAGAAGGUGUACCAGUCCAGAGGGGAAGAGCAUGUGGGCCACAUGGAUGACGAUGAGGAGACCCAGUUCCAAACACUGAUGGACAAACUUGGAGCCUCGAGGGUUUUGGAAGAUGAAAGUGAUAUCAAGCAACUCUGGCUGCAGCUGAAGAAGGACAAACCUCACUUACUGUCCAGCUUUGAGGAUUUCCUGACCAGGACCUUCUCCCAGCUCCAAGAAGCUCACGAUGAGAAGAAUGAACUGGAGUGUGCUCUGAAAAAGAAAAUUGCUGCUUAUGAUGAAGAAAUCCAGCAUCUCUAAGAGGAAAUGGAACAGCAGAUAAAACAUGAGAAGGAACAGUUUCUCCUGAAAGACACAGAGAGAUUUCAGGCCCACAGUCAGGAGCUGGAGAAGAAAUUAUUGUCGAAGGAGCAGGAGCUGGAGCAACUUAUCCAGAAGCAGAAGAGGCUGGAAGGCCAGUGCACCAUGCUGCAAAAUGAUGAGCAUGAAACCAAGGCUGAGAAUACCAAGCUGAAAGUCACAAACCAGGAGCUGGCUCGGGAGCUGGAGCGGACCUCCCGGGAGCUACAGGAUGCCCAGCAGCAGCUGGAAAGCCUCCAACAAGAGGCCUGCCAACUCCACCAGGAGAAGGAGAUGGAAGUGUACCGCGUGACAGAGAGCCUGCAGCGCGAGAAGUCGGGACUCCUGAAGCAGCUGGAUUUCCUGAGGGAAAGAAACAAGCACCUUCGGGAUGAACGGGACAUACAUUUUCAGAAAGAUAAGGCGGCCAAGGCAAACACAGCUGCUUCCAAAGCAAACUGGAAACAGAGAUCUGGCUCUGUGAUAGGCAAAUAUGUGGAUGGCAGAGGGAUUCUUAGGAGCCAGUCAGAGGAGGAAGAAGAUGUAUUUGGCCUCUCCAGGAGGAGAAGCUCCCUAGGCUUGAGUGGAUAUCCCUUUCCAGAAGAGGAGCCAGGGGCUGGGGGUCCAUUCCCCCGGACAUUCCGCAGAAUCAUCUCCAUUGAAGAAGACCCCCUUCCCCAGCUCCUGGAUGGCAGUUUCGAGCAGCCAUUGAGCAAAUGUCCAGAAGAGGAAGAGGUCUCCCAGCAGAGGGUGCAAGGACAAAGCCAGCAGACCAGACCUUUGGAACCCAUGCCUACAUCUCCUCGUGGGCAACCUGUUGGAAAAGAAGCCUUGUCUAAAGAGGAAGCCCCUCUCUCCAUCCCAGACCGGCUCUUCAAAAUUGUGUUAGUGGGGAAUUCUGCUGUGGGGAAGACGUCCUUCCUAAGGAGAUUCUGCGAGGACCGGUUUGCCCCAGGCUUGGCAGCCACUGUGGGCAUCGAUUAUCAGGUGAAGAUGGUACGUGUGGAUGACUCAUAUGUGGCGCUGCAGCUAUGGGACACAGCAGGUCAGGAGAGGUACCGCUGCAUCACCCAGCAGUUCUUCAGGAAGGCCGAUGGCGUCAUCGUCAUGUAUGAUGUCACAGCCAGACAGUCAUUCCUAUCCAUCCGGCAGUGGCUGAGCAGCGUGGAGGAAGCUGUGGGAGACUACAUUCCUGUUCUUCUGCUGGGCAAUAAAGUUGACAAUGAGAAAGAGCGGGAAGUUCCCCGAGGCCUCGGAGAACAACUUUCCAAGGAGAACAAUCUGAUCUUCUAUGAAUGCAGUGCCUAUUCCGGUCACAACACCAAAGAGUCUCUGCUCCAUCUAGCCAGGAUCCUCAAGAAACAGGAAGAUACAGCAAGGGAGGACACAAUACAGGCUGACCGCCCUGCCAAAAAGAAGUCUUGCUGUGGCUGAUGAGAGUCCUCCUAGGACUGCUCCAUGCAGGUCUGAGGUCAUAGACUUUUAGCCUGAAUCCUGCACAUAGGCUCCUGCUUGAAUGUUUCCACCACAGACUGCUUAAGCCUUUGUCUUUGUCAGUGACUUGCCUCUACUGCCAGGAAGAGGAGAACAUCCAGGCAGGAAAGCUGCUCUUGCAGCAUUCUGGAGUCUUCUAUCUCUAGACCCAGAUCUCUCUCUAGACCCAGAUCUCUCUCUAGACCCAGGCACCCAUCCCACCACCACCUCCUGCCACACACACCCCCAGCUUGGUUUUGUGGAGAAAAGAAACAGAUGGGCUUUUCCAGAAAAAUCACCACAUGCCUUCUCCACCUCCCUUCUGCUCCCCUUGCCCUUAGGAGCUGCAGCACUGUGGUUGCUGCGGUAACUGCACAGGGCAGACUUGCUGCUUCUUGUAGGCCAAAGAUAUAGCACUCUGGCAGAGCCAGGGUGGUUGGGCUUCCUUUGGCUCCUGUUCUCUGGAUAUCAAUGGGAUGCUCUUGGUAUAUGCUUCAUGGACCUUGAGAUGCCCACAUGGUGUUGAGAAAAGUAAGCCAGGGCAUCCAUAUUCUAUUGCACAUCCCACCCCCAGCACAUCCCACCUUUCCAGGCUGCAGAACCCAGGCUCUCAGCAGCCACCAUGCCUCCUGUAUUUGUUCCUUCAUGGUCUCUGAAAUGUGCCUUACAAGAAAUCCACACCCUUUCCUCUGAACCACCCAACCAUGACCCUGACUCCAGGGUGGACUGUGGGUGAUAAAUGUGUGCCUGGGGUUAGGGAGUGGGCUUACUUCCUGCUUAACUUUGAUUGAGAGACGAAAAGAAAACGAAGGGAAAAGCCCAUCUGCUGCUAAACAGAGCGACCAUUUCUGGAAUAUAAAUAAGGUAUAUAUAGCUUUGUAAAAGCCAUUUUCCAAUGUUUCUCAAAAUAGCUCUUCGAAAAAUUGUACAUGAUGAUUAACAAGUUAGAUUGACAUGCAGGCAGUGAGGCCCAGCACCAGGUCCAUAGUUAGAGACUUCAUGUUCUUUUCUUUUCUUUUUUUUUUUUUUUUUUUUUUAGAAGACUGUAUUUAAAAAAAGAAAGUGUGGCUGUGUUGUUGACAUAUAGCUGGUGUUUGAAAAGUGAGCAGAGUGUAGCUAUAGGCUUCAGUGCCCCUGGGACUUCACCAGCAGAGGGUGCUUGCAGGAAUGAUCUGGGCCCAUGGGUGCUUCCUUCCAUCUGGGUGAUAGUAAAUUCCUAGCCCUAGCAGGGCUCCAGCAUUACUGGCUGGCUGUCGGGGGGGCUGGCAAGGGAAGGGUGCUCUCACCCUGAGUGGGAGCUUGGAUGAAAAGGUAUGAAGAUCACUGAACAUUACCACCCUAGGGCUGCAGGCCCAGCCCCACAGGAAAGUGAAUGGUAUCCAUACCCAAGCGAGACCCAGGAAGGGAGAGGAGAAGAAAGUGUCCACAGGCCUCCAAGAGGGCUCAAGACAACUGUACACAGCCAGCCAGGCAGGAGAGAAUCCACUGGUCAGAGUUUUAAGGCUAUUCCCUAAAGCCUCCUCCCCAGAUUCCUAAAAGGGUCAGGGCCCCAUGGAUCAUCACAUAAGUGUCUUCCCCCUUUUUACAGGCUUUUCUCUCCUUCAUUUAGUGCUUGGAGGCACCAGGGAGCCCAUGGAACUAAACCCAGCACUGAACACCAGGGUGUGCCCCAAGAUCUUGGGCCAGCCAGCUCCCUGCCUGGGCUACCAUCUCAUCAGUAAUAUGAAGGAUGGGCUCUUUGAUGCUUCUGGCUCUUCUUGCUCAGAAUGUUUAUGAUGAUACCUUCAUUUUCCAACUUAGUCUGGCCCUGGCCCUCAGUCUAAAUUUGAAGGGAACUCACAGAAAAAACUCUUUCAAAGAAAGGGCACUAGCAAUGGUCUCAUUCAUGGGAUGCAGGGGAUAAUGGGUCACCCAGAAGUGGCCCUCCAGUAUCUGUGUGGGUGUGUGUUGCUGUGCGAACAUGUGUUGUUCCAAGAAGGGGGGCAGAUAGAGGGUAAGGAUCAUCAUAAAGAAAGGAAACCAGAUCUCCUGCUUCUGAAAGCAGAAAAGCAGAGAUGGUAGUUGGAAUUUAUGGGGCAAGCAGGCUAUACCUGGAGUUUCCCAAGCCCACAGAUGCCUUUAUCCUCUAGGCCUAGUCCUGGCUUGGGGGUGCAUUUUUCCAUUUAGGAAAAGUGCCUUCAGGGUUUACAGCAGGAUAGAGUGAGAUAGCGCCUGACCCUAUAGCAUAUGGGGUAAAUCCCCACCAACCCUCAAAGGUCCAGGCAGAGAAAAGAGAGCAGGAAGGGUCUUUAGGCCACUACUGCUUCUUUCUCUAACCCCACUUCAAACAAGUAUGGAUAAUGGGACUUCAGAGGGACUCUGAGAAGUUCUGAGUCCCUACAUCAGAGCUUCCUCUUCUAUCCCCAUUCCUUGUAAGCCAUCAAGGUGAUCAAAGCCACCCCAGUGACUGUGAGUCUGUCCCAGGGCCUGGCAGAGUGCUGUCAGAGAAGCCUCUGGCUCCAAACCAUUUAUACUGUUGCAAUGAUCUUGAGCAAGUCACUUGACCAGGUUUCCUGUUCAUCUGUAGAUCAGAGGUUUCAAUGUCUACCUCACAUGGACGUUUUAAGCAUUAAGUGAGGCAAUGAAUGUGAAAUACUUAGCACAGUGCCCAGCACACACAGGUGCUAACAGGUAGGAGCUACCAUUGUUGUCAACCUCGAGUCACUGCCCCUACCACUAGCCUUGCCCUAAUCUUGGAUUGAGAACCAGGUAACACUUACUAAGCAUCUCUCCGAAGUGGGUGCUCUCACAAACACUACCUAGUUUGAGUACCCAGUUGCUUGGCCCAUCUGCCUGGCUUAUGAGCUUGUUUUCAGCAUUGCCUCUUGGCCCUAUUCUCCUUUGUUCCAAUGGUUUUCCAAUCAGUACCUAUAUCUUUCAGCCCACAAACCACUCUGCUUUCCCGGCCAUGCUUCUCCAGAAUUCAGACAGAAGCUCAGACCAGGUGCCAGGACGUUUACCUAAGAAUGACCUGUGCCCAUCACCAUCCUUGGUCCCACAUUUUCUCUGCUGUUCUGACUCCUUGUGCUGCUUCUGGCAUCUGCUGCUGCCCUCAGUCCUGAGUUGCCAAACCAGGGGCUUCAGCACCAAACCAAAGCCCCAGUUGUUCAUUUGUUUGUCUGUUUGUUUUUAAGAUUUAUUUAUUUGAGCAUGAGAGCAAGAGAGCAUGUACAGGGGGAGGGGCAGGUAGAGAAGAAGAGAAUCUCAAGCUGACUCCACACUGAGCAUGGAGCUUGACAUGGAGCUUGAUCUCACAACCCUGAAGAUCAUGACCUGAGCAGAAACCAAGAGUCAGAUGCUUUAACCAACUGAGCCACCCAGGCAGUCUGCCGCAGUUGUUUGCUAUUUGUCUGGCAUUUAUCUUUCUUGGCAGUCUCUUUGAGGUCUUUUCUGUUCCUCUGUGAUACACUAGCUUUCUUCCACCACUCCCCAUCCUGUACUCUUUAUCUGUUAACACUUCCAUCCUUCUUCCCUACUCUCCUGAGGGCUCAUUCCAGGUCACACCUUUAUGUUUUAUCAAAAAUAGCUCAACCCUUUGUUUCUGUCACUAGCAGUCAGUGCUCUGAAGGAUCUUAAACCAAUUUCAGCUAAGGUAUUAAUGCAAAUGGUGGGUUAAGGGCUAUAUGUAUAUACAUGUGUGGGCGCUCAUAUGUGUGUGUGUGUGUGUGUGUGUGUGUGUGUGUGUGUGUGUGUGUUAAUGAAGAACUUUAAAGGGCACAAAACCCUAGCUCAAGGGAAUAAAUCCCUAGUGGUCAUGGGGGUCAAGUAUUUAGGACAGAGCUGCCUUCUCCUAAAGUUUUUUGCUUCAAAUAUUUUGGGGCUCUAUUUCUAGGUUCAUAUAUGUUCAUAUUUGUUAUGUCUUCUUAAUGAAUUGAUCCUUUAUCAUUAUAAGGUGUCCUUCUUGCCUUUAGUAACAAUUUUUAUUUUAAAGUCUAUUUUGUCUGAUAUUAGUAGAGGCAUUCCAGCUGUCUUUUGGUUGCUAUUGCUAUAACCUUUUUGAUUCUUGUACUUUCUCCCUAUUUAUGCUUUUAAAUGUAAACUGAGUCUCUUGUAGACAACAUGCAGUAAGAUCAUGUUUUGUUUUUUUUUAAUAUAUUCUUCCAAUA